GUUAAGUUUAAACUGAUAAACUCUAAAAUGGCGACAGAUAGCACUUCCAGCAUUUCUUUGGUGCUGUCUCUUUUAAAGUGCAAGACUCGUUUAGAGAGAGAGAAAGGUCUUUCAGAGCUGAAAAAGUUGAUAGAGACUAACCAGGCUCUCCCUGAAGAUCUCAAAGACCUCCAGUCCUCUCUUUCAGUCAUUUUGUCAUCAUCUGAUGAAAGCAAUACAUGGGAAGAGAAGCAUGGAGCGCUGUUAGCAACUAACCUCUUGAUAGAUAAAAAGAAAGCUAGUGAAGAGUUUAAGGAUAACUUAAAAGGGCUAGUGAGUCAUCUGUUGGAGCACAAUGAAUCAAGAAUUCGAUUAUUAACUGGUGAAAUCAUUGGUGGAUUGUGCAAGUGGGAUGGUGUAACUGUCUAUGAAGAAUUAAGAGACGUCUUGUUGAGUGGAAUAAAGAAUAACAUAGUGAGGGAGCUUGAUCCUACCGAUCAUGCUGAGCUGGUCAAGAAACUACAAGAAGAUAAUACUAGUGAAGACCAAGAGGAGAACAGAAGUGCUAGUCCUUCACCUCCUCCUACAGCUUCUAAUGUCUUUCAUGAAACAGCUGGUUGGAAGAGCUUAGAGACUUACAUGAAUGCUCUACAGUAUGCUGUUGAAGGUUGUGGCAGCUCAUUUGAGCCACACAUUACAUCAGAGCUCCUUGAUCUUCUCUUCACUGCACUGGAACACAUCAACAGGUUUGUACGUGAGACAGGAUAUAAGGUCCUUGCUGCCAUUGUCAAGUGUCCUGAUGUGUCUGAUGGUACAAAGGAUAAGUAUUCUGGACUGAUAGCUGAGCAAUUAGUAAAAGGAUUGAGUGAUAAUUGGAGCCAAGUAAGGAUGUCUGCUUCAAUAGCAACAAGAGAUUUCUUAAUCACAUCAUCCAAUACGUCUCAUCUCCCUCUCCUAAUACCACCAAUGUGCCUCAACAGGUAUUACAUAGCUGAAGGUGUAAGGUUAUAUUCACAGGAGACAUGGCGUCAAGUCACAAUGGGGAAAGGAACACAACUGGUAGAAAACUACAUUGACAAAGUGGUAUCAUUCUAUAUAAAGGAGAGUGAAGCGUCUAAUCAUGCAGUGAGAGAGGCAGCAUGUACUUGUAUUGCUGAAUUAGGGAAUAAGAUAUCACCAGAUGCUGUGAGGCCUCAUGUCAGUCAACUAGUGACAGCAUUACUGGACUGCUUCCAUGAUGAGAGCUGGCCUGUCAGAGAUGCUGCUUGUUUAGCUUGUGGUAACUUUAUUGCUUGUUUUCCUGACGAGUGUCAUGAGUACUUAUCUCAGUUAUAUCCGUUAUUCUUAGCCAAUCUUGAGGACAGCAUACCCUCUGUGAGACAAGGAGCUGCUGUUGCUAUUGGCAACCUAGUGAAGACAUAUGGUACUGAAGUCGAAGAUAAAGUCAUUAGUGUCAUCAAGGAAUGGCUCCCUCUUGUUUCCGAACAACCACCUUCAGUUGAUAGCAGUGAUCCACUUCAUCCUGGUUUAGAAUCCGGUCCAGCUGUUUUUGGAGUUGUGAAGAGAAUCCAUGACAAUGACAUGGAUACCCACAGCAACCAACAGAUGUAUUCUUGUGGCUCACUGGCUCCUAAAAUGAAGAGGAGAGGAGGUGGUGGUGGAUGCAUGCACAGUGACUUCCAUAAACCAGCCCAGCCAUGGGAGAAGAGUGAGGGUUGUAUUCACCUACUGUCAGAGUUGUCUAAAGUGGAUCGGUCUCGUUCUAAUGUUGCAUUGCUCCUCCCAUUACUAGCAGAGACAACUGGACACAGACAAUACAUCCAACACUGUAACCACAUGGAGACACUAAUGAAACAACUUCCUGUUAUAGCAAAGUCACUAGGCAAGAGAGUAUUCAAGCAGCAUAUUGAAUUAUUUUUUGAUGGAAUAUUUUAUGGAAUCAUUUCUUCCAGUCCGCAAUUAAAGAUGGCUUCAUCUGAUUGUGUUCAAUCUCUUACUGCACUGAUUGGUCCAAUGAUAAUGAGAGGAAGAAUAGAACAAUAUAAUCCUUCAUAUUUAUCACUUCUUGAUAGAACUGACCCUAUACAGUAACUUAUUCUCUCUUCCUUUUCUUUCUUUAUUAAAUACUUAUCAUUAUUUUCAAUAAUUAUGAUUAUAAUUUAUUACAUGCAAAUGUUCCAGUAGAGAUACUGACAAGUGGCA